AUAUGAUAGGCGAUGAAGGGCUGCGCCGCAAAGAGCCAGACGAGGACUUGGAACUAGCGGACCAGCAUGCCUUCCUUCUCCAGGGGCGUCCUUUUCCUCCUUGUCCUCCUGAUUGCGGGGCUGCCUCUGUACUGCUCCGCCACCCUGGAUGCGGAGGAGCGGCAGAAAGAAGAACAAGCGCGUAAGGCAGCAACGGAGGAUGUGAGCGUAGCUGACAUGGCACCAGAGCCGCCUCAGGACCUGUUGGUUGAUGUUCAGUCAGACAGCGUCGUCCUGUUGACGUGGGAGAAGCCUUCCGACACUGCUGAUCUCGAUCACUACCUCGUGUAUGUGGAGGGUGCAGACAUGGAAGACAGCACUAGUAGUACCUUCUACGUAUGGGAAGAUCUUGAGGCCUGCAGGAACUACACGUUCGGUGUCCGCAGCGUGUCAGCCGUGGGAGACAUGAGUGACCCAGAACUCGGCGACGGACGCACUGACGUCGGGCGUUCUCCGCAACCACAAAACCUGCAGGGAGAGAGCGAGUCUAGCACCUCCAUGACGCUGACGUGGGGCAAACCUGACACGCUGUGUGACGUUGAGUCUUACCGAGUGAAGUGGGGCUUGGAUGAGGCCGAUCUAGAAAAGACUCAGGUGACCAACACUUCCUACACUGUGCCAAACCUGUAUCCAAGUACGACUUACAUCUUCAAAGUUUCUGCCUUUAACUCUGCAGGAGAAGGAGAUGCCGCCUCCAUCAACGAGACGACGGCCGAGGACGACGGCGGCCCACCGGAGGAUCUCGUGGCAGUAGGCGUCAGCACGUCCGCUAUCAACGUGAGCUGGUCACCACCACCCUAUAAGCUGCCCGACUACUACAAGGUGCAGGGUCUGCCGUGCAUGUACUUGGAGACAAACGUGUUUGGACUGUCGUACUUAAUCACAAAGCUUGACCCUUGCGAGGAUUGCGAAAUCUCCGUCACCUCCGUGUACGACAACGGCAUCGAGUACACGGCAACAACCGUAGGCGAAACCCUGGCCGGCGAUAUCCCGCCGCCCAAGAGUUGCUCCGUUGAGGUGCAGGAUGAUUAUCUCACCGUGAGUUGGGUGGCACCUGACAGUGAUUGUGCCUUGGGAAAAUACAACGUGCUCUGGACGAGCACAAAGCUGUGGGGAGACGGAGAGGAAGACAGCAGGAGCGUGAAUACAUCAGCAACACAAUACUCCAUCACGUAUCCAGCCCCCUACAGCAAAUACAGUUUUGAGAUCUCCGCCUCCAUUGACGGCGUCUUUGGAAGCCCCGCCUCCUGCAGCGGCACGUCCCAUGAGGCACUGCCGGGCCCGCCGGUGAUCCUGAGCGUGGUAUCGGAGCAGGGCGCGGCGGUGGUCACCUGGGAGACUCCCGCCGAGGAAAACGGAGUCAUAAAGAAUUACGGGAUAACUGUUGAUGGAGGAACAGAUCCAGUGACGCAGGUGGCCGGGGGCGAGCACAGUGCCCGGGUGGAGGGCCUGGAGCCGUGCGUGAGUGUCGGCCUCGCUGUGAAGGCCCUCAACGGCGCGGGUUGGGGGCCAAACUCCAAGCUGGAGUACGUUACCGUCGUGGACGAUGUUUUGCCAGAAGAGGUGGACUGCGACGCCCAGGACCUUGGGGUGGAGGUGUGCUGGUUACCUUAUUCCGAUUCCUGUCCAGUGUCGCGAUACAACCUGAAGUGGGAGGGUGAUGUGCUCUGGUCAGAUGACCUUGUGGAUUCAAACAGCACGACGAUGGAUUGGACCGUAGAUGAAGCCUGUUACAACAUAUCCGCUCUUCCCUACACCAAGUACUCCGUUGAGCUCACCGUGGGCAGUGGUGACGAAGCUGUAAAGUGCUCCGCUGUUACUCCCAUGGCAGCUCCCGGACCUCCUACUGAAGUGAAUGUUACAACAGAGGAUUUAGUAAUUACUGUGACCUGGUCUGAACCUGAGAAGAAAAACGGCAUCAUUGACUUUUAUCAAGUCAAAUGGGAGGACUCGGCUGGUGGCAUUGGAUCCCGCACGACAGAAGACAACAGCACUUUCUCCUCAGAGAUUCAGGAAGCCUCCUGUGGCGUAACGGUGGACGUGACGGUGAUGGCAAAAGUAGUGGACGUGGCUGAUUUAGGAGAUGCAUCCCCGCCAGUAACAGCAUUUCUCGUUAACUCGGUCAAAACGUUGAACUGCGAGUCCUCGAAGCCUGGCCAGGUAUCACUCAGCUGGACCCUCGAGGACGCGAAAUGCCCGGUCGAAUUCUACAACCUCACGUGGACCUACGAUUCGCUCUGGUCUGAUGACGCAGGAGAAGGCUGGGAGAACGUCGGGAAGGAUGACAUCUCCGCCACGGUGACGUCACUGCCCGCCUACUCGAAUGUCUUUCUUCAGAUCCACGUCGACAACAACCCGGAGUACACUGACUGCAGCGCCAACACCCCCGAGGAAGCCUCCAGCAAGCCAACGUCAGUCGAACAGAUAGCGAACAGCACCUCUUCCGUAACGGUGGCGUGGAGCCUACCGCUGUCCGUUCGUGGGAUACUUAACGGGUGGCGCCUCAGAUGGGAAACAAUGGACGGGGAUCUAAUCGACGAAGACGACGUCACUGACCCAGAAGAUAUGACGUAUGAGGUCACUGAACUGUAUUCCUCCACUUCUUACGUCGUGUAUGUCAUGGCAUUGAAUGGCGCGGGGGAAGGCGAGGCCGAGAAGAUAAACGCGACCACGGCCUACGUUCGCCCCCAAUCAUCCCCCAAUACGGGCCUGAUUAUUGGGCUGUCGGUGGGAGGUGGAAUAUUGCUGAUCCUUAUUUUGGUCGGUGGUUUUAUUCUGUACAGGAAGAAAGGUUCGUCAAAGCCUCCCAGAUCUGCUCCGUACAUGCCCGAGGUUGCUGAUGCCGACAGUGAUGAGUUAUACAAAAUGCAGCACCUCAGCUCAGCCAACCAACGAUUCCAGAACAAGAUUGGGAGCGUCGACUUCGGUACAAACAGCGAGUUGUACACGAACCCGCGACCUUCACUUCCAGUUGACGAAUUGGAUGCUGACGAUGAUGCUGAUAACGAAAUUCCUUCUGAUAAUGACAGGGGACCGAUGUUCGGCGCCCCGCCAAGCAGACGCUUCUCACAGCAGGUGGCCACUAGUCUGCCCAGGCUGGGAGCGUACAACAGGAGACCAUCCCAGCAGGUGAACAGCAGGAUGAGGAACUACGAGGAGUACAACAGGCGUCCCUCUCAGCAGGACAUGAUCGGCAGGCCAUCUCUCAGUGGUGGCCCCGGCAGGCCCCCCUUAGGGGAAUAUGGUAGGCGUCCAUCACGGCAGAUAGACGUAGGUAGACCCAAUAUGAAAGAGUAUGGCAGGCGGCCUUCUCAGCAAGUGGACUUGGGUAGACCGAACCUAAGGGAGUAUGGCAGGCGUCCCUCUCAGCAGGCAGACCUGGGAAAACCUAGACUAGGAGAGUAUGGCAGGCGUCCCUCUCAGCAGGCAGACCUGGGAAAACCUAAACUAGGAGAGUAUGGCAGGCGUCCCUCUCAGCAGGCUGACUUAGGUAGGCCCAUGCUAGCUGCGUACGGAAGGCGUCCCUCUCAGCAGGCAGACAUUGGCAGGCCUAUAUCGGGUGAGUUUGCAAGGAGGCCAUCCCAACAGGUACCAGCAGUUGGUGGGUCAUUUCCCACUGGCCUUCCACAGCAGGGGCCUUCGAAAAGGUCCAGUGUUGACCUUUACAACCGAAGACACUCACAGCAGGCAGACCCUGCCAGGCCCGGGGACAGGAUGCUCAUGAAGCGGCCGUCGCAACAGUUUGUUAUGAGCUUUGAAGGAAUACAAGAACUGUGAUCAUUCGGCCGAGGUCGGGUAAAAAAGGCAUCAGGACGAGGAUGGACGAAGAUGUGGCAUUCCUUCUCUCCCUCCUUUUUUCUAUCCACUCAAAGUCUCUCUCUCUCUCUCUCUCUCUCUCUCUCUCUCUCUCUCUCUCUCUCUCUCUCUCUCUCUCUCUCUCUCUCUCUCUCUCUCACACACACACACACACACACACACACACACACGCACACAUUUACUUAUCAUUUCAUUGUCUCUUCAGUCAACACUUGUAAAUAAGCUCGUGAAUAUUUUCAUUAACCGUUUCUUCAUGUCUUUAGAAUUCUCAGCAUCAUUUAAUUUGUUGUGUAGGAGUGGGAGUCCUUACACCCUAAAUCAUUGGGGUGUUAUACAAUUAUACACUUAAUUGGGUUUUGUUUGUUUUAGUUUCAAAAUUUCGUGUGAGCCCUUUCACACCCUCUCUGGGCUGCCUAUUGGCUUAACACCUUUACUCAACUCUCUUCAUAUUUAUUUCUUAAAAAGCCCUUUAUUUUGCCCUAUAAGGUAUAUGAUUGGCCAUCCCACAAGUCAACUGCGCUAUCUGUAGAGUGCAGAUUCCAUGUCUACAUAUAAUUGGUGAAAGUUGAAAAAUUCAAAUCAUGAUGUGGGUUCUAGAUUGUGAUUUUUUUUAACUUUCACUAGCAGGCUGUCAUUAACGAGCCCUUCACGAUCUCUCCCUCGAGCAAGAAGGAUCUGUAAGUCACUUUUGGUAAUUAUUAAACUUCAAGAUUUUCACAAUAAAUUUCUAAAACUUUUCUUUCCCUUCAGGAACAGUGCUCAAGUCUUUUGUUAUAUACCUUGUUGUAGUCCAGGAAAGUGUUACAUAUGAGCGAUGGGCUGUUUCUUUGUUCCUCUAACUCCCUUCACGCCGUCAUCCUGCCUCUUGUUCUUUUAUUUUAUUCCCCUCCUCUUCCUCCUCCUCCUUGUGGGUCGAUCAGUUAGGUGUGUUGGUUCAAGGGAUGCAUGAGGAACAAGGGCUGCCCGAAACAUCUUUAUUGGGUGUGGCAGAACAAAAUCACACGGUUGUGGGGCUUCACGUGCUGUGCCUUGGUCGAUAGUCUCGUUGCACCGCUGUGGGGGCUGUGGGAGCUCAGGAGACUUCACAGCCACAGGCAAACGAUGCUGCACGGGGAGGGUGACGUAAAUGGGGUGUAGGUCGUGGCGUGUCAGUAAGUAGACUAACUAACAUUUCUACAGUGUAUUCAAUGUUUCUUUUAUCAUGUACUCGGUGUGUAUUACGAAGUAUACUGUAUAGAUUCGUAUGCCUCAGGACUGUAGUGUUCAGGACACAGUGCCUUAUGACUUUGUUUCUCUCACAUAAUCUUGAUGUUCAUGUGCUACAUUAAUCACAUCUUUCUCCUUGUACAAAGUCUUUCCUCUGUAUGGCAAUAUCGCGUGCAAGGGUCUGCCCCAUUCCCUUCGCUGGACUGCGAAGUCUUCUCCUUUAGCGUGAUUUAAUCACUUCUUAGACCAUUUAAGUUAGAUUGUUUCCUUCAGACCAACUGGUAUUCAACUAGUAGUGCUUUUUCUAGUGCAGUGAAAGCAAUUGUUAUUAUCAUUAUUUUUUUUUUUUAAUUGUUAUGUUAUUAUUAUUAUUAUUAUUAUUAUUAUUAUUAUUAUUAUUAUUAUUAUUAUUAUUAUUAUUAUUAUUAUUAUUAUUAUUAUUAUUAUUAUUAUUAUUAUUUUGUUAUUAUCAUUUGUUUCUAAUAUUGAUUUAUGAUUAUUAUAAAUGUUAUAAGUUAUUUUAGCACUACAUUAUAUAUCUGGAAGGCAGGAUCCUGUUGAAGGGGUCUCUUUAUCCAAGCAUGUAAUAUAUGGAAGCAAUGAGCAAUAACAUAAAAUAAUGAUGACAAAAAAAUAAUCCCCUACAAAACAUUUACUCGUAAUAACAUACAGAAAUGGAAGCUCCUGUGUGACAAGCAACAUGUACAUAGUGAUAUAGGUUAAGCAAGUAAAUAAUUAGCAGGGAAUCGUGUCUCAAUGAUUCCAAGGGAAACGGGUGACUACUGCCGUGUGCAUUUGAUAUAUCUAAAAACCCAAUCAUUGUAGAUAAAUAAAAAAAAGACUCGU